AUGGCUUAAUAGAAGAGAGCAGGUACAAAGAUCAAUGUUCCUAGUUUUAGAUAAAUUUAUGAAAUUACUCACUUGGAUGAGAUGCAUGGACAGUUUAAAUUCUAAAUGGAAAGAGAUAAAGUAAGAAAAAGCAUCAGAAAAAUCUAUCUUUCAAUAUUAGAAAUUAAAAAAAAAAGUCUCUUACAGAGAUUGGCUAAUUUAAAAUAGAAAUUGA